GCAAAGCCCGAGACCGUCCAUGUCGACGAUCAAGACGCAUCCCCCGACGCUCCAAGCGGCCAAGAAGCAAGCAGAUCUCAUUCGCGUCAAGGAAGAGUUUGUCUUGCCCAAGGUGACCCUGGCCGCCAUGCCCUCGCCGGCCAAGCUCAAGAUCCCGGCCCCGGUCGUGCGCAAGGACAAGCGCAAGGCCAUGGUGCAGUCGCCGCUCGGCAGCGACUGCAGCUCGAGCUCGUCGACGAGCUCCAAGAAGCGCAAGAACACGAACGACGGCCUCUUUGACAAUGACAUGGGCAGCGCGGAAGAAAAGAUCAAGGAGAUGGAGCGCCAGCUGUUGAGCCUCGACCCCGACUCAAAGGAGGCCAAGAAGAAGCGCCGCCUCAUUCGCAACCGCAUGUCGGCGCAGCUGCACCGCGAGCGCAAGAAGGCGUACGUGGUGCAACUUGAAGAGCAGCUCCAGGCCAAGGACGACGAGAUGUCCAAGAUGAAGGCGCAGCUUGAGGCGCUUCUCGCCGAGAACAAGCGCUUGAAGCAUGACGACGUCAUCAAGGUGGAGAAGGUCGACACGGUGGUCGCGGCGGCGGUUCCCAAGGCGGCGGCGGUCGCUGCCUUUGCCGAGCCCAUUGCGCCGGUGCAAGCCGAUAUUAUCUCGGACGCCGAGUCGUUUAUCUACGAAAUGGACUCGGAGCCCGAGCACUGGGACUCGUCGAUCUUGAACGACUUGGACAUUAGCUCGGAGGACCUCAUGUUUGCCGAGCCGGCCGUUGCGCCGGCGCCGGCGCGCCCGACCAAGACGGUCGAGCACGACUCGUUUGCGGCCAAGAAGAACGUGGCCAUGAUGAUGGCGAUCGUCUUUUCGAUGACGUUCUUUGGCGGCAUGAUGUCCAUCUUCGACUCGUUCACGACGGGCAGCGCCACGAACGGCUUUUGCUCGUACUUCAAGUCGUACACGCCCAAGCUUCUCUCGGAGAUGAGCGUCAAGUCGCGCGUGCUCUCGGACCUGGACGGCACGACGUGGAUGGACUUUCCCGAGCUCGACGAGCCCGCGCAGAAGAGCGACAAGUCGUCGAACGAGCAGCAGUACGCGGGUGGCAUUCCGUUUGACGAUCUUCUCGACACGGACUUUUCGCUCACGUUUGCGAUGCCCCUCGGCGACGACGACGAAGAGGAAGACGACGACAUGGGUCUCUCGCCGUCGAGCGAGUCGGGCGACCACACGUCGGAGGAAGAGGAGUCGGACGACUCGGAAGCUGCCUUUACGAUGGUCGCCAAGAACAAGGACGUGUCGUACGCCAACCUCACGCGCCUUUGGUGCGAGAAGCGCCACGUGCUCUGCACGCUCGCGACCCAAGGCGACGCAACGCUGCGCCGCGCGGUCGUCGACAUGAGCCACGUCAACGACACGGUCAGCAUGGAGUCGUCGUUUGCGGACGUGCUGGCCUCGUUUACGAUGGGCGACGACGACCCCAAGGUCAUCGGCUCGUCGGAGAAGCAAGUGCUGAGCUUUCUUUACCCGAUGGGCGUCUUCUCCAAGGAGAUGACGGAUGCAUCUGCCGUCCUCGACCCGAUGCCCUUCAUGGAAGUUGCCUGUCAUAUUUAG